AUGGACGGGGAAUGUCUCUCUGUCACCGUGGUAGACAGAGUAACAAAGCUCGACACUCUUGGUGGUUAUGUCUUCUUGGUGUUUCUGGUGUGUCUUAUCAUUGGAUUUAUCCUCGGUCUUUUGUUAGCACGGUGCAUUCUAAGGGAAUUGGAGGUAAAGUUCCUCUUUCUCUUGUUUUCGUAAGAAUUGUUUGUUGGUGUGUACACGCAUGGUUCAUUCAUUAAGUUUGUCUAUUUGAGUUGUCUAAAAUACGAAUAAGUAUGUUUGCUUAAAUUAUCCUGCUUGUAGAUAUUUUUAGAAGGUUUCGAAGCUAAGGUAAAUAAGACUGUUUGUUCCCAUUAUUUGGUACAACUUCAUGUAAAAAGUAAGAUAUAUCAUAGUGGUAAUCAUAGCAAGAAAAUAUGAUGUAAUCCUUGACCUAUCACUUUGCCUAUAUUUGUGUCAUCUCCCACUUAGUAAUUGAGCUAAUUGAUUACUGUUAUUAUUUUACCUUUAUUACUAUUAUCAUCACCAGCGUUUUAUUAUUUUUUUUUCUUUGUCAUAAUUACUGUUUUUACAAUUUUCAAAAAUAUAAGCAUUAAACUAUGUAGGUAAGCUUCCUUUUUGAGCAACAAUGUCACUUGAUCUUUAUUAAAGUUUUGCUAAAAUUAAUGUUUCAGUAGAAGUUGGACAAACUACAGAGGCACAACAACCUUUUUGAUUGGCAAAACCUCUGUUCAAUAUGCCAAAAAACCCAAAGAAAUUCUGAAAACAGUAGACUUCAUUUGUUAUGUUUUCAGGAUAUGAAGUACAAACUUUUCUUGUAUUUUGCCAACAUCUCAUGUUAAGCUUUUUACACCCUAACAUCAGCAUGUAUAUUCUCCAUACUGUUAUCCAUACAUUUCCUAAGGUGCUGACAAGGAGAAUUUGUGUAACAAUCAAGAGCUUCUUCAGUGGGUGAUCAUUUCCUUUAUCCUUAUGAUCUUAAAUGAAUGAUUCCGUAGUAUAAAUGAAUGGAGAAACUAGAUGCUGGUCACCCUUAGGUUAGGCUACCUUCAGUUACUGAUGGAGAGUGGGGACUAUUAUUUUACUAGACUGUAAUUUUUAGUUUCAUUUGCAUAUCCCUUUGUUCUAGUUAUUUUAGUAUAAGAAUAAUAAAACAGAAAACACAAAUUAGGUUUUUAAUUUUUGAAAUCAUCUUGAACUGAAAUUAGGUUUAAACUACAGCAAAAAUGUGAAUUCAAAUAUUACACAUACUGUCUGACUUGCAGGUAAACUUAGAAAAUAAUGUAUAAUAAGUAUUGGGCUUGUGUUUAAUGGCAGUAUAAUUCAUCAGGGAUCAAGAAAUCUGUAGAGACACACCCCUAGAUACAUGUACUUAGUAACAGUCUGUACUUUUGAUAUUUGACCCUUAAGCUCCCAGAAGUGAUUAACAUGUAACCUCUCCCUAUUAUAUCCCUAGUCAUUAUUUAGCAAACAGGUAAUGUCAGAAUACUUAAACUUAUCAGGUAGAAGUUGUUAUCUUGAUCUAAACACCAAAUUCUUGUAACCAAUUAAAAAGGAAAUGUGUUGCAGCAAGAGGAGAGAAUUAACAAUUAGAUCUUGAGAGUUAAAGGGUUAAUUGGCUCUGAUUUUAUACAUCAUAGGAGCAAUACUCCCAAAGGAGAAGUAAAUCACAAACUGAAGCAAUUCUUAUUGAAGUAGAGAAUGAAGUAAAAAUACAAGAGACAUCUGGAAAGGCAAGUUCUUGUUAUUUUGGUAAAUACAUGUAAUUCAUCUGUUUACUGCUCUGAGAUUGGUUGGACUUUGUUGAAAGUGUCAAGUCUUAGUGAAGCUACUAAAUAUUAAUAUAGACAGGGGUAUGUGUGGAAAAUGUUUCUCGAAAAAAUAUUACUUGUAGUACUUAUCAUCUUCAUCUUGUCUUUAUUUUUGUAUGUAGACUUCACCUGAAAAUAUAUUAUUCAAGGUUUAUUUCAAGGCAGAUUUGGAGAUUAUGGGUGAUACAUAUAAUUCUCAGUAGUUAGAGUGACUGUAUUGGCUAUUUUGGUACACAUUUGCAUCUUUUUUGACAAGUGGUAUUUGAUUUAGUUGAGUUAAUGAUGUUUUAUGAUACAUAUAUUUUAAUUUACCUGUUAUGUAUAAGAUGUAUGUAACAACUGCUCAGAUUAUGUCAAAGCAGUUAUUUCCAUUGUCUCUUAAUCAUUCCAAAUAAUGAGAUUCCUGUAGCCCUACGUUGAUACUUUUGUUCUGUAAUAGAGCUCAGGAUUCAACAAAAUGUAUUAGAAUGUCAUUGACAAAAGAAUCGUUUCUUGUCACAUAACUAGAAAAUGGGCAGUAACAGGAUAGCUCCAAUGCCUGUGCCAACCAAAAACACAGCUGAUAUAGCCAUAGAGAUGGAACCCACCCACCUUAGCACUGGCAGUCUUCAUAGUCAAUCAGGUUGGACAGGAGAACAAGACAGCAACAACUCAACAGUUGUUUAUGCCUUGAGCAAAUCUUCAGGGUAAUUCGUAGUUAGUUUAUUCUCCAAUAUUUGAUGAUUUAACCUAACACUCCUAAAGGUGGUUGCAUUGUAACCUCUCUGCAAAAUCAAAGAAUUUUGUAAGCAACAAAAGAUAAUGAAAAUGCAAAAAUCUAUCACCUAGAGGGUAUUUUCCUGAUAUAACACCAAAUUUGUGGAACAAAUGUUCACAGAAAGGUACAAUGCAGCUUUAAGAGAAAAUUAGUGAUUAGAUGUUGGAGUUAAAAUGUUAACUGAAUCUUUGACUGGCCAGAAGUUUUUUGAAUAUUAGACUACCCAUGAUAAGUGAUAUGACUUUGACAUCACAAUGGCAUCUCCUAUAGAAUUCCCCCAUAGUUUGUAAUUUUAGAUUGAUCAUGGUUACCCUCUCCUUCUUGAAGUAAAUAAAAUGAUCACGCUUGAAGGAUGUAUUAUGAUAUUUUUUUAUUAGAGAAGAAAUGGAACUUGAAAUUCAAAAACAAGAUUUCAAGUCAAUUGAGGAAAUGGAAACUAAUAUCCGUCUACAGAAGAGUGAGGUGUGUUUGUUACAAUAUCUUUAGAGAUCAGAGAGUGACAUAGUAUGCUUGGUAACAUAACGGUUUUUUAUUUAAUAUAUUGAACAAAAUGUUGAGACUAAGAAGUGUUCUUAAGGUGACUAAAACAGAAAUUAUUGUUUUCCUUACUUUAACCCUUAACUCUCAUGAGUGACCAAGACAAAUUUUCUCCUUACAAUAUCAAUACAAUAUAAAGUAGACCAGGGAUGAGACAAGGAGAUUAUUAGUUGAUCCAAUACCAAAAUCCUCUGAACUUACAUCAUAAUAACUGUAUGGCAGACACUAGGAGCCCAGUAAUGGGCUCCUGCAGACAUAAAAUCAAAUGCAAAACUAAAAUCAAUUUCAACUUAGCCACUUGCAUAAUCCUGAUUACUUCAGGAGGUUUUCUUGUGUUUACUUUGAGUUACCAUGGGCUACCAAUAUUAAUUUUCUUUCUUCUGAUUUGCUGCUGAGAUUUCAACUCUCGAUAGAAAAGUACUCUUAAGAACAAUCUAAUCACUCAAUUGUUUUUUUCAUGAUUUCUGCAGACAUUCCUACAGUUGUUGAAGAUGAUUUUGAGUUUCUUGGUGAGCAAAUCCAGAAUAAGCGAAGGGUUUCGAAGAGAUUCUCUGGCUAAGUAUGAGCAGGUAACACGAACAUCUCUAUUUUUGUUAUAAAUGAUUUUUCAUGUAUGUCAGUUUUUUUGAGGCGUUUGAAUAUGUAUUAUCUUACUUAAGGGUGUUAUGGUAAUCUACAGUACACGUACAUUAAUGGAAGAGGGAUGCAGAAUUAAAGUUGUUUUUUGUUCUUAGAUUGCUUUCUUGUAGACCUGCAACAGUCUUCUAAUGGAUUUGUGCCUCUUUUUUUGCAGGCAAUUGAAGACAUAGACAGGAAUGCUAAGGAGGAGAUGAAAGCUGAAGAACAGGUAGUCUGUUAAUCUAAAUCAAUCAUCCAAUCUUUGGUAGAUUUUUGUUAUUUAACUGCUUAGCCUUUUAAAAGAUAGUUAAUUAAGGUUAAUUUUCUCCUUUAAGUUCUGGUAGCUAAUAUAGAGUCAGAAAAAACAGAAAACAUUCUGAUCCUUCCAUUUCAAUUUGCGUACAUUGAUGCUAACUCUUCUUCCAACUGGUUAUUUUUUUUGGAUCAAAAUUCUCCUUAUAAUUUUUACAAUGUAAAAACCUUCUGUAUGCAUGGGUUUGAUUCCAUUGUUCACACAAUCCAUACAUUACUAACCUCAAGAUAAGGUUAGCAGCUGUUUGUUUCUUACAACCACAAGAGGCUGACAGACAAGAAUUCUAAAUAUACCAUUCUCAUUACAGUUCCUCUUCACUUUUUUCCCACUCACUACAUUCAUGACACUUCUAUUUUGUGAUUGAAAUAACUGUAAUCAUAAGUACUUGUAUUGUCAUUGGUACUAUUAUUAUUACUACUUAAAGCAAGAUGAUCAAGAUGAAUUUAUUACAAGAUAAUUAUAUGUCUUAAUAGACAUUUCUACAUCCUAAAUGUUACUUAAAAAUUUCUUAACUAAGGAGCUUAGAACAACCAUUGUGGAUCCCAUGAAGCUUGAUCAAGCAAUAGAGGGUCUUCAUUCCAAGUACUCUAAGAGAAUGGUGAGUGUCAAUUUAUUCCUCAUCAGCUUUUGCUAUGAUAUAUCUUUUUGUAUUUAAUGUGAUUUUGUGAAAGGGAUUUGUAUCUUCAAAAAGAAUAACACAUUUAACAGUGACCCAGGAAACUCUACUACUGCAAGUGUUGCCUCAGUCCACUUGAGUGCAAACAAACUUGGGGUGUGACAAUUAUUUUUUGGACAUCAAAUAAAAUGAAAUUUCAGCUUCAUUCAAUGAAUAUACGAGAGAUAUCAAACUCCUUAAUGUGUGUUCUGUAACUUAACAGGCUACAGAGAGAAUGGAACUACAGGAGAAACUGAGAACAGAUCUGAUGCAGGGCACUGAAUUAUCAGAACAAGAGGUGAGUUGGAGUUUGGUAAGAAGCAGUUACCUCAAUUUAACAUUGAGUAGACGAAGUUGAGCAAAACUUGACAGCUGAUUAUGCUGAUCAAUGUUUCUAAAGCAGUUUUAGUUAUUUGUAUAGCACAUAAAACUUUGUAAGAUUGACAGAUGUGCCAUGUUGAUACAGUUUUAUAGUUGUUCCUGUGGCUUUUGUGAAUAUCAUGAGUUGUCCUGUGCUCAUCGUUGCUCUCCUUUUUCUCCCCAGCCUUCUUGAAUUCAUUAAUGGAGGUUUGACAUUUUAUAUCAGACAGCUCAUGAUAUUCCUCAGUGUGAAACUGAGAUGACCACAACAGAAUUCUAAGAGAUUCUCCAAAAGUAAAUGUGAAUCUCCUUGUAAAAGCUUUUUAUACCAAUGAAUAAAGAAAGAUCCCUUAUAUGUCAGAUAGAGGAUAAGGUGGACCGUUAAGAAGUAAGGAAUCCUUUUUUAUAACAGGCGGAGCAGAUUGUUGCCAAACUCAUGAUGAACAUGGCUGCUGUUGACAAAAGGUUGGCUGAGGAAGCCAGUAGGCAGAAUAAGGUAUGCUACUAAUACUUAGUAAGGCUUGAAACAGUGGGUAAUUGAUUAGAAUUAUAUCCCCUUUGAUAAUCGUAACCAUAUUGUUUACCAAUGACAGCCUUAGUACGCUCUACUGCUUCUCUUUUAUUAAACAUGGUCAAAUGUCGUUUCGUUCACCAAAAGGGUUUACUGUCUAUGAAACAUAUAAAAAUGAUUUUGUCGCAUUGAUUUUUAAGUGAUCAGUUUAGAUCCAACAAUAAUAUAAAACAAAUGAACAAGCCAUGUAAAAAUAGGGAAAGAAACACUUGUCAAAACUGUAAAGGGGUUAGUUUUUAAAAAAAACUGUAGUGCUGGGAGAGUACAACAAGGUAAUUUAGAAUUAUCAACUGAGUUGAUAACGGAAGUUGGCCACCAUAAAGAGUUUCAAAGCUGCCUUUUCACUCUGACGAAGGGCUAACGCUUGAAACAUUACCCUUAAAACUCUUGGUGGCCAAUGUACGUUAUUAACUCAGUUGAUAAUACUAAAUUAACUGGUCAAAACUGCCAAGGGUACGUGUUUUAACGUCUGUACAGUUGUCUGUUAAUGUAUUUGCUAGUAAGUAAUGUAUCAAUUGGUCUUAUCAAUCACCCUUAGGUUUUACACGAAAGACUUGCACGAAGACAAGCACUUGCUCAACAAAGAGUUGCAGAUAAUCAACAGGUUUGUCAUGACCAUAUUACUGGAUAUUUGUUUAACGCGGAACUUUCUCAGCGUUCAGAUUUAUUUAUGUUAUGAUCUCAGUUUCGCUCUCAGUUAUUUUUCCUACUUUUUUUCUAUAAAAAAUUUGAAAAGAUUGAAUCGGUUUUCAAGUUCACUGCUCCCUGUUCUAAAUCUGUUCCCAUACUUUUAAAUUAUCUACUUCUUCGAAGGAAAAAGAGGAAUUUGACGACCGAAUGAAACAGCCACAGAAGAAUUUAGACGUUUUGUGCAAAAGGGGAAAGCUCUCGACUGACCAGAAGGACAGGUAUGAGUAAUUUAUGACAAGAUAAAAAUUCGUAUGCAGAUAUCUUGAAUUGUAGAGUGAUCAAGUUUAUCAUGUCUUAACACGCGUCAAAUAAAUCUUAACAUUCCCUAUGAACAAAGUCAAUACAUGAUCAAAAGUACUUCUACAAAAGAUGUGAAAAUCAAGAGUGGCAGCCGCACUUACCAUGUUUAACUUUAUUAGGGAAAUCCUUGCUUCAUUCAUUUUUGUUUUUUUCGUAGCUUUGAGACGUUCAUUACUCUAGCUAUACUCCCUAACCGGGAUUAUCGUGGCACUAUUUUCUGAUUAGCUCCACGAACUUGCAAUGAUUUUACCGAAGAUUUUCGCCGGAAUAAUGCUCCCUGAAUAUUCUGUGGACAAAGAAGUAACUACCUUUCUGUUUAUGUUUAAUUCCAAGGAUCAUGGAUGAAUAUGAACAAGAUCUCAGAGUUUUAGAAGAGAAACAUCAGCAAGGUUUGGAGAAAACAAACAUAGUAAUUGUAACUUCCACCUAUCAAACCAAUGAAUAUGAAAACGAUCUGCGCUGUAAUGAACACUUCUUAGGAUGUAGUGAAGAUAAGGCCAGAAAAAUUCAGGCCUGUACGGGAUUUGAACCCAUUACCUUUGCGAUACCAUUCUAGUGCUCUACCAACUUAUGGCUAACAAGCAAACUGGGAGCUGUUCAUUAUGUUGGCUCAUUUAAAACCCAUGAGGUGAUAAAAAUCAAAGCAGAUUCUAAACCUUAGUCUCUUAGGGGCGUAACUACCUGUAUGUAACUGGUCGACUCAUUUCUACGUGGACGUUAUGGAAUGGUGUGGUGUUUUGACAAGGUCGACUCAAUGUUAUUUGAGUGAAAAUAAUUUCUCGGAAGAAACUAUUCAACUUUGUCGUCGGGCAAUUGCAAAACUUUUUUAUCAGCUACAAGUGGUAAAGGUAGAUACUUUACAGAAGCGAAUUUUGAAGAAUUAACGUUUCAAAAUGAUGCCUUGAAUAAGAAAAUGAUUGCUUGGUUCUACUUCGGAAGCAUGGACAACAAAAGUCAGUAAUCUUAGGCUUUUUCUUUUAUCAUCGGCUGGUGUCGCUUUGGCUCAAGCUAUAUUAACUGGAAUACUAAUACUACUGCUUAUUAGUCAUGCCUCUUUCGGUUUUAUUUCAUGAACCAUGACAACGCACAACAUGCCCAAAGACAGUUUGGAAAACGCAGCACGAUACUAAAAUGCGACAAUUGAUGACUUGUAUUUAAAAAAAAACUUUCUUCCAAUAACUACAAACUUGUAGAUACUCAUUCCUUUCUAAGGAAUUUAUGGAUUACUUGAAGACACCUAGAGCAGUAUUCAGUAACUCUGCAUUAUUACAAGAUCUUAAACGAUAUUAGUUCCAGCACACAGUACUUCAUAACCUCUGCUGGUUAUUACUUCUUGUCUCAUCAUCAAUCUGUCUGGUAGAGGCGCGUUUGAUGAUUGUGAUUUUUCAAUGCCAUCUUUUUGCAGCUAUCCUGAAAAGUCAAAAUGAUUUAAACGAGAAGCUCAGGAGAAAGCGGGAGCAAAGAAUGAGAAAACUAGAAAUGGAACAAGCUGCAGAAAAAGAGGAUUUUGAAAGGAAGGUAAACAAGAUGAUCUUCUUCCUUUUUCGCUCUCUGGCCUUUUUCUUUUGUCUCUCUUCCUUGUCUCCUUCUCAGCCUUUCUGAUGUCUCGUCACCUCGUCACGCAACCUCACUACAGGUCGUCAUGUCACGCAUAAAGGAUGUGUGUCGCAAUGUGUGACAUAUUCGGACAUUGGGUACGAAAACAUCUUUUAGACUUGUUGAGCUUAUUUUGCUAUUAUAACAGGCCAACCAGAUGAUUACUGACGGUAACAUGACGGCUGAGGACUUCCUGGAGGCAAACCACAAAGUUAGAGUGCAGCAGCAAGUUGCGCGCGAAGAAGAGGAGGACAGAGCUGAUGAGUUCGAAGUAGAAGAACUGAACGUCCUCCGAGAGGUUGGUGUUCGUUACGAAACCGGUUGUGUGGGUACAAUAAAUACAUCGAGUGUAAAAAGAAAAUGAAGAUUACUAUGGUUGAAGAAUAGUUUUCUCAAUGUAAUACGUGCUCGACGUGACUUGCAGUCGUGAACUUCUUGUGAACACUCUGAAAUAUCCCUGAAUUUAAACGCCUAUUAAGAUUCUGGACGAAAGUGGUGCGAAAUAUUACGUAUUAAUAUAUCUCUUUCUGUAGUAUAUAGGCAUACAUAGAAAAUCGCACAGCUGAGUAACUAUAGCGUGCCAGACUCUCUUUUAAUAAAAAAGAGCAAAAAUACGGACGCGCAGUAAAACGGUCGCGGUUAGGCGAAGAAAAAUAUGCAGUCGUUUCUUUGAAAACCGUCGUUUUUCGCCAAUCUUUUUGCGUCGAAUGACAGAGAGUCGGAAAAGCUAAGUAGGAACCUUUCUGACGAGUCAUACACCCUCCACCAACUCGACGUAACUCUUGACAUACUGACGUCACAACUUGCCGUUUGUGCCACUUGGCUCCGACUAUUUGAUUCAAACCGCACGCUCUAAAUUUUUGUGAGAAUAAGAACAAGGCAUGUGACUGUGCCAUAUUUUCAUUGAUGUUUCGAACAAUAGAAACUGGAGGAAAAGCGACAACGCAGUUUGAAAGAAAAAGAGGAAACGUUGUUUGAACAGAUUAAAACCGAGGCGCAUCUGUCAUCAAAGGAGGCUGAGAAAUUGGUGAACAAGCACCUGGAAGAAGUCAACGAAGCAAACGGUUGGUAAAAUACAAUGAUGUUUCUUAAUAGUGAGAAAGAGCUAGCGACGCAGAUGAAAGGGGAAAAGUGUUUUAGUGUUACAAAGGUUGUAGGCAAUGUCAUUAUAUUCUGGAAAAGGCCGAAAUUUCCUUUCAACUACAGAUAUAAGGAAAAGUGGUACUUUGAAGAAAUCUCUGAGUCUCUUGGAAAUAUUCCAGCCUCAUACAUUUUAUUUAUUUAUGUAUUUUUUGUUAUUACUCGGUUACCCGUAGAACUGAAGGUUUCACACGCACAGUUACUGACUCUUUGCUUUACGUUCUUGUUGUUACUGGUGUUGUUGUUAUUGAUUAAUACCAUGCAAUUUCUAAUAUCGUACCACCAGUUUUGCUGGACGCGAGAAUAAGGUGCCUCAUCUGAAUGCUUGUAACUGAAAAAAAUACUCAAAUUUUAUAGAGUUAGUCUUAACUUACUCUGUCUCCCAAUUGUGUUUUCCUAUUGUAUCCUUAGAAAGGAAAAACCGUGAGCGUGAGAGGCAACGCGCUGUGAUUCAAGAGAAACUGGAAGAAAGGAAGAAGAGGUGGGAGAGGGAUUUAGAACGACAGCAAGCUGAACAGAACCAGUUGGUUGCAGAGCAAGAGAAAGCCAUAAAACAAGUGUUAAACACCCAAGCAGGACUCGCGGAAGAGUACGUACAAACAGAGAAAUUAAGAAAAGAACUUUAUACUUGAUGUGAAAUGUUAAUUUAGCUUUAAAACUGAUUAGGAGCUGCUUCGAUGUUUAAUAAUUACUGACCCUCAUAAAAUCCUAUUGUUCUCUCUCAGCAUUAUAUCGGCGAUUUCAGUUGCAUUGUUGGUGUACCAAAACAUCAAUAUGAAGGGGCGACUGAAAUCGUCGAUGUAAUGCAGAGAGAGAACAAUAGGAUUUUAUGAGGGUCAAUAAUUAUAAUAGUUAAUUACUUCGGUUCGCAGCAUUAUUGGGUAUAAUGCUGCGAACCUCAGUAAUUAUCUAUUAAAUAAUGGUAGGUUCGGUUGAUACGUUUCGCUGUGCACCUUUCAACACCACUACAAGCGAUAGAGCACAGAGAAUUGACAUCAGGAAAUGUAUGCCCGUAUUAAUUUUGGUAAUUUCGGUAAUAGUGGUCAACACGAAGGAACGGCCUUUUUUUGAGAAACACUUUAAAACAUACUCCAACACUAAGAGUCCACAUCCACAACGAUAAGGUUUUCUUAAAAUUCCCUUAACAUAAUGUUUAAGAGAAGAAUAUAGCUACGUGGACUGGUCGAUACAGAGUCGAUUUUACAGGCGGAUCUACACUCGAUCAAAUCAAAUAGCGAUGAGGUUUAGCGUUAAUUUCAUGUAACGUCAAUUUAAUUUCCUAUGAUAAGACAAUAAGAUAAGACAAUUUUUUCCUUCCUAACUUCUCUAUUUAGUGUUUCCCACAGAGAUUAGCGUGUUCCAUGUGCCCCUCUAAAGGUGGCGGGGAAGAAAGAGAAGUUUGCCAUCGCAGUAACUAUUAAUCUCUUUGCUUCCACAGAUUACGUAAACAAGUAAUGCUAGAACACGAGCAGAACAUGAUAGCGCUGAAUGAUCAUUUACAGAUGACGAGACUGAGACAACAGAAAAGGUUUGUCUAAUAAUCCAUUGGAAAGAAUAAAACGGAUUUUGAUGAGAUGGCAAAUCAGGAGUUUUCCUCACGCAUUCUGAAGACGAAUAUGCCUUAUAUAACCUUACCUGGAUGGAUUCCAUUCCGUUUCAUUUCUCAUUCCUUUAGAUGGAGCAAAUUUGCUUGUUCUGUUCUUACUCUGCAGAUGUUCUCAUUGACUUUUUGUAAUAGUUCAUUUGUUUUUAAUGGCCGUGGCGAUAACUUUGUGCAGUGUUGUGACACUCUUUAAUAAAGCACUUCAGAAAGACAACACCGAUAGUUUGUUGCACAUGAGUGGUAGUUUGAAAUGAAACUGUGCCAUGCAUUAGUUCUACUUUAAAAAGAAUUCAGAAUUUUCGGUGAAAAUUGGUCUAAGUUUGAAUAAAAAAAAAUUCACCAGUUCACUGUAGAGCAGUUUUCAAGUGAAUGUCUAAUAAAUCUAUCUAUGAUUGUUUUGAUUUUGCUUAACUUCACUCUGUGAUUGGUCCAAUAAAUUCGCGCCACCCUCUCAACCAAUCAGAUUCAAACCUUAAACCAAUCGUGAUUUGAUCUCUUGCGUUUUGGCGCGUUUCAUGCAGUUUGCCUAUUUUUACUUUGAGUUCUCAUUGUCGACUUUUCUUAAUUGGCUAUUGUGAUUACUUUGGUUUUGGUUUCUCGAAACUCAACUGAAAACUUCUCUGUACAAAUAACAAAUUGGCAAGAAUAUGAAAAGCUAAAGGGAAUAAGGUAAGUAACGAUGGAGAGGACUAGCACGUACAACAAAUGACAAACUUGAAAAUUUCAAGUUUAUAACAAACUGUAAGUUAGCGUAGUAUUGUAACGGGAAAAAGAGCGUUCCUAAGAUGAACUGCAGAAGCUAGUGACUCUCUUAUCUAUUUGUUUCUUUCCUGCAGAUUGGAACAGCGCCUGGCAACACGACGAGCCAGGCUGGCUGAAAUGAGGCAACAGAUGGAGAUGGAACGAAAAGAACACGGUGACAACGAUCCAGAAGCCAUGAGGAAUCUUGCAAGAGUUCAGGUUGGAUUUUCACAUCACUCUACCAAGUAAUACUGCUUUAAUCUUCCUGGGAAUUGCUGUGAUUCGGAUGUCAAACCGUGUAUAUAUAUUUUUUUUUCCAUGUAGAACAUUGAAUAUCAAGCUGAGGUAAAGAAAAUCGAGGCUGAACAUCAGACGGCUUUAGAAGAAUUGAGAAGGUACAUCGAAAAUGCAAGCCUUGAAUUUCGUUGUUGUUUGACGUCAUGUUUUCUUACGUAAUAAAGUCUGGGUCCAAAACAAAGACAAUUUGUCGAUAAUCAUUUGAAAUUUUUGUCAUUUACAGACGUUUAGCGGCCGAGACAGAGGAAGCUUUAAGAGAACAAGACGAGAGACUUGGUAAAAUCCUGGGCAAACUGCAGGUGAGCUGAUUACAAAUAUUCGUCUUUGAGUCAUUCUUUCCACCGUUUAUUUUUCCCUCUUCCAUUUGUGUGCCAUUCCAAUACACAGCACUGGAAAAGGCGCAUUUGGGUGUGUCCAAUCCUCCAUAAUCCCAUCCAUUCGUUUUUUCUUACGUUUCUGAACCAAAUGCUUAACAAGCCCUCAAAGGCAAUGAGUGUCGCACGUAAUCCAAGAUUACAUUGGUUCGCUUCACUACCCUCUUUGAUUGGUUUAUAAAACUCGCGCCACCCACCCAACCAACCAAUCAGAUGUAAAACUAAAACCAGUCGCGCCUUGAGCUUUAGGUAGUUUACUUAAUUCUACUUUGAGCCGGUUGUCAUUGGCUCCUUUUUAUUUUACCUUCCUACUGAUUGACCUUUGUGAUUGAUCUCUGUGGUUUUGGUUUUACGACCCUUCCUCAUGUAACAUUAGAAAGUAUUCAUCAGCAUCUUCUCUUGUGUGCUUCACUUGAAGGUUGCAGUAGCAAGGCGGGAAGAGAUCAUUAAAAAGCAAGACGAAGCUAUCCGUUCCCUGGAGGUAAUAAAUCAAUCAGCUCUAAGGUCAGAGUAAUUAUUUAGUUUACCUUUCACAGGAACCAUCCAAUUGGAAACUUCUGGCCCCAAAUAUUCCAGGACUGAACAUAACUUUAUAACAGAAGGAAAAUGUUCAGAACUUACCAAAAUGCACAUAACAGAAGAAAACGAAACAAGUUUCAGUUGCCCGUGAUUUUUAAAACAUUCCAAAGGCGCGUUUUUCCGUGACGGAAAAUUUUUUGUUUUGUUUUUCACAGAAAAAGCUGGUAGAGAACAUGACGAGAGAAGGCACGUUAGCUGAUGCACAGACUGAUAAGAUUUUGAAACAACAUCAGAAACAAGUGGACAAGUUGAAUACACAGAUAGAUAUGUAAGAAUGAAACAUUCAACUUUGGCUUUCGAUAAGCUGGAUUUUGUUUCUUAGGACUGACUUAGAGGAUCAAGCUAAGGGAAAAAGCUAUAGUUCCAUUAGAGACACAUACUGAAGCAUAAACAAACCGCCAAUUACUUGCAAGACAGAAGAAAUAAUCAAGAAAGAAACAUGUUUUUAUAAAUUUUUCUUUUGCUAUUAAUGAUAUUUUCUGUGUUUCAAUUUUUCUAUUAACUUGUAGGGAGAAGGAAAAACAGAUGCAAAAGAUUCGAGAGAAAAUUGCGGCAAAGCAACAAAAGAAAGCGAGGUAAAAAUUUUGUGCGCUACCAUUUAAAUGACGUUAUUUGUGAUUGUUACUCAUGUUACGUUGCAGAAACCAGGAAUUACUAAUAAUUAAUGUUAAGGUGUCCUACCUCUUACUUCAUAUUUGGCAAUGGCCCGACCUCUACUGAUUUGGUGUCCUUCAGCAAAACAAAACUCUUUACCCGUGUUCUGUUCAUCUCGACUUACCCGUAUACUUUAUAGCUAUUACUUACAUCACAAAACUCCACUCUACAACAAACUUCACCGUAAACAGAUUUGGAAAUCCACGGUUAUUUUUCAGAGCUUUGGAAGCGAAACUUUAUCAAGAGAAAGAAGACCAAAAGAGUAAAGCUGCUCAGUAAGUUCCAACUAUUUAUGUCAUUUUUUCCAAUUAAUUUAUUGCUUAUCGAGGUAUUUCUAGUGUUAGCCUUUUACAAUCGCGCUUGAGUAUCGUUUUGACGCCGACGAAACAAAUCAUGAUUGCGGCGUGUUUUAUUCAACUUAACUCUCACAUUGCUUUCUUUGCAGAUCUGCGGGAACCAAGAUAAUCACACUUUUAGCAGAGCAGCGCCACAGGAGAGAAAUGGAGGUACGUCUGACGACUGUCUCUCACUCAUUCUUUUUUAUGAUCUUGGUUUCUCUCUGUAAUCGUUUCCUUGUCUCACUUACUCAGGACCUAGAGCGUGAAAUGCAGUUGGACCUUGCGCGUCAAUUGGAAGAGAUCAAUAAAGAAAUGGACGAACAACUCUUGGCGGACUUGCAGGUUUGAUGACUAUUUUUUAUAUACUAAACUGAAUUACGCACGCAUUUUGAUUGGUUCUUACUCAACCUUUUAACCCCUGAGAGUGACUAGCAUCUAAUUUCUCCCAACAGUAUAACCCCUGUAUCACGCAGUAAGGUCAUGAGAAUAAAGGAAACGAUCGCUAAAUAAAUAUUCUCUUGAUUGAUAAACAAAUUCUCCUUGUCAACACCUUAGGAAAUGCAUAGAAACAGUAUGGAGAAUAUGCAUACUGAUGUUAGAGUGUAAAGGGUUAAGAUCUAUUGAAGGACAGACGCAUAGUUGACGUCGCUAUUCACAAGUUUCUGCUUUAUUAUUAUAUGAAACACAUAGAUUCCAUUUUCCGUGGGUCUGUACAGUCUAAGCUUAAGAAGGUAUUUACUUACAAAUGCGCAAUUUUUUAUUUAUCUGUAGGAAGAAGAGAGGAAGUUUAUUGCGACUUUAGCAGAGAAUAGUGCAGCAACUGAAGAAGAAUUGCUUGAAACAAUCAAGAACUCUGCGUCAGGUAAGAAAACCCUCCUGCGGUCUUAAUUGCUUUUUUUGGUUAUUAACCUAGAAAUAAGGUACGUGAUACUACAUAGUGUACCAAACUUAGUCUUAUCAAUGUACCCAGUUUUUCCACUGGUUGGAUAAUGGCCAAUAGUUAAGCCAUGCAUACAUGGGCCAUACACACAGUGCUUCUCUCAGCAUCCCCACUUUGUAUCAGAAAUUGUGACAAAUUGUGCACGCCAAGAGGUAUGGGGUAUGGGGUAACUUAUGAAGGAUGAGCAUCCCACUUAAGGGGUGUAUCAAUUGGAAGCUGAAAUUAAGUCCAGCGGCGCGUGUUAUUUGGGUUUUACGCAAAACCCUUGUCUUUUAUCCCUACGGGAAGUUAGAUUCUUCGUUGUAUAUAAAUGGUUUGAAAAUCCACAGUCUGGUGUGAAGUCAACAGUAGCAUCAUCUUAAACCAUACAAUAAGUGUCAAAUAACCCUUUUACUGUUUUACGUUUUGACAGAAGUUGGAAUGGACUCUAAGCUGACAAAGAGUAUCGCGAAAGACGUUCGUAAACGAGUGAGAAGCGCCCGAACUCCUGCUCCAGAUGUAUGACCAGUCACUUGGCCACGUGACCUAAUUUGUUACUGCAACUGAGUUUACUGAUCUCUUUUGAGUUGAAUAUGACGUCACUUGAUUUUGCAUGUUGUGUGUGUCAAACUUAAGAAUACAUGAAGAGAAACUCUCACUGAGUUUUGAUACUAGUUUUGGAUUUCGUUGGUUUUAUGGUUUUGCUUACUUUGCUCCGAGAUAGUUCGAGGAAACUCUUACCAAACUAACUCAAACACGACUUGGUAAGUCUCAUUUCCCGUUAGUUCACCGUCAAAUGUAGCAAGUUCGACUCACCUCACCAGGACCUCUCACCACUACCGACCACAAUCCUUCUCAGGACCACACUCACGCGGACGAUCAAAAUAUACCAUCACAUAAAUUUUCCUUAUGGUCUCAAGAUUUGUGUCAUUCAAAUUGCUCCCAAAUUAAUAACUUACGUAUUUAGUUCAUCAAUUUGAUUCUCGAAAAAGUAUAACCAAGCAAACGCAACGACCAAUCAGAACACAAAUUUACAACAUUAGUCAAUAAGAAAUUAAAGCAAACACAGGUAGACGCGGAAGAAACUGAAUAUUUAAAGCACGCAUUAUUAGAUGCAAAUAUUUAUUAAGUUUUCCGAUUUGAGGAAAACAUUGUUAUUACCAUGGGACCAAUUUGUUUUGA